GUCACGGUUAGCUUAACAUGUGGGUUUUCGGUUACGGGUCUCUAAUAUGGAAAGUGGAUUUUCCAUAUGAAGAAAAGAGAAUUGGUUACAUAAAAGGCUUCAGCCGUCGGUUUUGGCAGGGCAGUACCGACCACCGAGGAGUACCCGGCAAGCCUGGCCGGGUGGUGACACUGGUGGAGGAUCCUGAGGGGUGUGUCUGGGGUGUUGCCUACAAGCUGCCGACGGGCAGAGAGCAGGAAGUGAAGAGCUACCUCGACUACAGAGAAAAAGGUGGUUACCAGGUCAUCACGGUAACCUUUCACCCCCGUCCACCACUCUCUCCCUCGCCCAGCCAGACGCUGCUCUACAUCGGUUCUCAGGACAAUCCAGACUACCUCGGCCCUGCCCCUCUGGAGGAGAUAGCCAACCAGAUCGUCAACUCUACCGGUCCGAGCGGCAAAAACACAGAGUACCUGUUUGAGCUGGCAGAUGCUGUGAGGACAAUUCUGCCAGAGGACUCAGACACACACCUGUUUUCUCUGGAAACUUUAGUGAGAGAAAGAAUGCACAAUAGGCAGAAACACUCACACACCCAAACAGGUUGAUAGCGAGUAAAUAACAACAAUAAAAAACAACAACUUGAUCAAUAGUAAAAUACCAAGCUGGAUUAGUCAAAUAAUCUCAGGGUGUAAAAUAUACUUGGAGCCAAUAAGGAUAUUUGUCAGGUACAGAAGAUAUGUUGACAAAGUCUGUUUUUAGUGUCAAAAACUAAGAAUAAAUGUCACCACUUUGUCUCAGGCAGAAAAAAGCAUUGAAAUGCAAAUAGUAAAGGAUGUACUAAUAUUGAGAACUGCUUCAAAAUAAAACAUUUUAAAUGAUCUCGAAACAUA